AUGGCGGAAGUAUCCAAGUAUAAGAAACUCACACCUAUUGACCAUGUACUCGUGCGGCCUGAGAUGUAUGUUGGCAGUGUGGAGACAAACCCCACGCCUAUGUUUGUCUUUGACCACGAGAAGGGAUGUAUGGUGUGGGAAACACUACAACUCAACAGUGGUCUCUUAAAGAUUGUGGAUGAGAUUCUUCUUAACGCCUCGGAUAACUUAUCCAAUAAAGGCGGUCGAAUGACUUAUAUUCGUGUUUACAUCACAGAAACUGGAGAGAUUACAAUAGAAAACGAUGGAGCUGGUAUUCCCAUUGUUCGCAGUAAGGAACAUAAACUGUAUAUUCCUGAAAUGGUUUUUGGACAUCUUCUCACGAGUUCUAAUUAUGAUGAUGAGAGUCAAACCACAGUGGCAGGUCGUCAUGGUUAUGGUGCCAAACUAACAAAUAUUUUAUCCCACCGUUUCUCUGUUCGCUGUCGUACAAAAGGAAAAGAAUUUCAUAUGAGUUGGCAAGAUCAUAUGCGUAAAGCCACAGCCCCACGUGUUUCUAAUGUAGAUCCCAAAUCUAAAAAUGUCACUCGUGUAUCGUUUCUACCAGAUUAUGAACGUUUUGGAUUUAAAGAGAAUAAAAUUUCGCAUGAUAUGAAACGUGUACUUCAUAAACGAAUUAUGGAUCUUGCGGCGAUGUUUCCUAAUAUUGAAAUAUCUCUUAAUGGGACUCCAUUUGGUUUUAAGUCUUUUAAAGAUUAUGCUAAUUUAUAUUCUACACCAACCAGUGGUGGAGAAAUGCCACCCGCACCUUAUGUAUAUGAAAGUCGUAAUGGUUCCAUUGCUUUUGUACCUUCACUCACCGCAGGUGUUCGGCGUAUAUUUGGUGUGGUGAAUGGUGUGGUAACCUUUAACGGAGGAACACACUGUAAUGCGGCUCAGGAAAUACUUCAAACCACACUAGAGAGUGUGGAACGAUCAUUAAAGAAGGAGAAUAAAGUAAUUGAUAUUAAUCGUGUAAUGCGUCACUUUACCAUUCUCGUCUUUCUUGUACAAGUACAACCAAAGUUUGAUUCUCAAAAUAAAGCACGACUUGUCUCUAUACCUGUAAUGCCCCGUGUGCCUAGACAAGAAGUGACGAAUUUUCUUCUUCGUAUGCCCUUUCUUGAGGCCCAUGUAAAUACAAUAACAGGACAAUUAGAGAGAGAGUUAAAUAAAGAAAUGGGUGUUGGUCGACGUAUGAGCAGUAAAUCUCUUAUCGCUUCUAUUACGAAAUUAGUAGAUGCCACCACCACUAGACGAGAUCCACGGUGUACACGUACAUUAAUUGUUACAGAAGGUGAUUCCGCUAAAGCUCUCGCACAAAAUUCCCUUUCAAGUGAACAGAAACGAUACACUGGUGUGUUUCCACUUCGUGGUAAAUUACUAAAUGUACGUAAUAAGAAUCUUAAAAGACUCAAAAAUUGUAAAGAACUUCAAGAAUUAUUUUGUGCAUUAGGGAUUGAAUUAGGAAAAGUUUACAAGGAUGCGGAUGAGUUACGAUAUCAACGUUUACUUAUUAUGACAGAUCAAGAUGCAGAUGGUUCACAUAUUAAAGGUCUUGUUAUUAAUGCCUUUGAAGCUUUAUGGCCAACAUUAUUAAUGCGAACUCCAGGUUUUAUUUCCGUAUUUUCUACACCUAUUGUAAAGGUUCGUUUACGUGAUAAAUCUGUUAUCCCAUUUUUCAGUAUGAAGGAUUUUCACAAGUGGGAAAAAACGCAUGGAAAUGUAUCCUACACGGCGAAAUACUAUAAAGGUCUUGGUACCUCUACCACAGCAGAAGGAAAAGAGUAUUUUAAAGAUAUGGAAAAACAUACAAUGCGACUUGUAGUAGAUCGAUCAGAUCAUAAAUUACUUGAUAACGUCUUUGAUUCACAAGAAGUAGAAUGGCGUAAGGAUUGGAUGACCAAAGCAAAUGCCUUUACAGGUGAGGUAGAUAUUGAUCGAAGUAAAAAGAAUCUUACCUUACCAGAGUUUGUACAUAAGGAGAUGGUACACUUUGCUCUCGCUGGUAAUGCCCGUGCCCUUGCACAUGCUGUAGAUGGAUUAAAACCUUCACAACGUAAAAUUUUAUGGGCUAUUAUGCGACGAUCUGGAAAUGAAUCUGCAAAAGUAGCCCAACUUUCUGGUUACAUCUCUGAAGUUUCUGCAUUCCAUCAUGGUGAGGUAUCUUUACAGGAGACGAUUAUUAAAAUGGCACAAAAUUUUACAGGAGGAAAUAAUAUCAAUCUUCUUGUACCAGAGGGUCAAUUUGGAUCUCGUCAGCAGAUUGGUAAUGAUCACGCUGCCGCACGAUAUAUUUUCACACGUCUUUCCGAUAUUACCAAACUACUCUUUCCUAGUGAAGAUGAACCCCUUUUGGAUUACGUGGUGGAAGAGGGACAAAGUGUAGAGCCCACCCAUUACGUCCCUGUUCUUCCACUUCUUCUCUGCAAUGGCAGUGUUGGUAUUGGAUUUGGUUUCGCCUCCAACAUUCCCCCGUUUCAUCCACUUGAUGUUUCCGCUGCGGUGCGCUGCAUGAUCCACGGCGAGGGGGCGCGGGCGGUGGCACGUCGACUGGUGCCGUGGGCUGUUGGAUUUCAGGGCGAUGUGCGCCGCGAUGGCGAGGGCAGUUUUGUUGCGGUUGGUCGCUAUCACUAUCACCGCGGGGGGCGGGUGCGGGUGCUGGAGUUGCCGUGGACGUUAAGUGUGGAGGCAUUCCGCGAACACAUCUCUCGACUCGCGGCGAAUGAUGUCGUCCACCGCAUCGCCGACUACUCCGGGGCGAAUCACAUCGAUAUUGAUCUGGAGGUCGCUGAGGGUUCCAUGACAACAUACGCCGAGUGUGAGCGGGAGUUGGCCCUUACGCAGCGUAUUUACAUUAACGGCACAGUCUUCUCCCCUAAUGGGACACUCACACCAUUAGAAGGAGAUCUCGCCCCUAUUCUACAGUGGCACUAUGAUCGUCGUUUGGAUUUAUAUAAAAAGCGACGACAACGUAAUUUAAGUCUUUUGGAGGCGGAACUCGCACGACUAAAGUCUACAUUAAAGUUUGUUCAACACUUUCGUAGUGGGAAGAUUGAUUUUGUGAAUGCCACAGAUGACACAUUGUCCAAAACGUGUCAGAAAUUAGGAAUGGUACGUGUAGAUGAUGGCUAUGAUUACGUACUACGCAAACCCAUCACUUACUUUACCAAAACAAGUUUGGAAAAACUCAUGCAUAGUAUAGAGGAUACAGAAACUCGUAUAGAAAAACUACGUAAAACCACACCUGUUCGAAUUUGGCUUGAUGAACUAGAUCGAUUUGAUCGUGCCUUUCAGGAUAUUGAACAAAAGGCCAACGCCAUGAUAUUGAAAGAGCGACGACAAGGAUUUCCCAUGGAUGACAUUGUUCCUUCUCUACGACAACCAAAUCUUGAAUUUGAGGAAGUAAAGGCAAGUAAAGGUCCACCCAUGCGAAUUAAAGUUCGUAAGUAUGAACCCCCACCGGCAAGUAAACGCCCAGCAGUGGGUGGGGCUAGUGGCGGCGGCAGUGCGGCAAGUGCGGCGGCGGUAGUGGCGCAUGUGAAGGCAGCGAAGAAGGCUGCAAGGGCCGGCGGUGUGCAGAAGAUGGUGGUGAAUUAUGUUGGCCAACAGGCGGCACGUGUGUUGCCACGAUUACCGUGGUUUAUCUUUUAA